AACCUACGAGAUUGGGAGAACCACAACGACAGUGAUGGCAUAUUGACUAAAUUUGCCUUGGUGUGAUGGUAGUUCUCCAACUCACAAAGAUAUAUAUGACAGGUGGUGUUUAGAUUCAGUGCAGGGGGUGAUAAGGCAAAGAAGCUAUAUCGCUGGAGAAACCUGUUUGCCGAUAGGUGGUGGAAAAGUCAUACAUGGCGAGCAGGCGACGUAUGUAACUGAUACACCACCGUGUGUGAUUAUAAAGACUCUUUGUCGGUCAGAUAAUGAUUGUUUUACCGCAGGUCGUAUGAUUACUCAUCUUUAUCUGUCAUCUAACACACCCUUCACCUUCAAAAGCUCUUCAAUCCUUCCCACCAAACUGGGCUAUAUGCAAAAUUGAACCUCUUUGGACAGAGAUUGUGUAAGAGAGGAUGCGUCGGAUACAUGACAAGUUCAAGGCUUUCAUCAACAACAGAUGGCUGGUGUUUGUGUGUGCAAUGUGGAUUCAGUCUUGUUCUGGAAUUGGGUACUUGUUUGGGAGCAUAUCACCAGUGAUAAAGAGCGCCAUGGGAUUCAACCAGAGGCAGGUGGCCAUACUGGGUGUGGCGAAGGACUUGGGUGAUAGUAUUGGGUUUAUAGCGGGGAGCUUGUGCGAGGUCUUGCCCAUCUGGGUGAUUUUGCUCAUUGGGGUAGUACAGAACUUUGUUGGGUAUGGCUUGGUUUGGCUUGUAGUCGCCGGUAUAUUGCCUGCUUUGCCGUUGUGGGUGUUGUGCAUUUGUAUAUUUGUCGGAACAAAUGGUGAGACCUACUUCAACACAGCUGCUCUAGUUUCAUGUGUGCAAAACUUCCCCAAAAGCCGGGGUCCUGUUGUGGGGAUAUUGAAGGGAUUUGCUGGACUGAGUGGUGCAAUUUUGACUCAGAUUUAUCUUAUGAUCAAUUUCUCCAAUCAAGCAUCACUCAUUUUCAUGGUUGCAGUUUGUCCAUCAGUGGUUAUAUUGGCUCUGAUGUUCAUUGUUAGACCUGUGGGAGGUCACAAACAAGUUAGACCAUCUGAUAGUUCAGGCUUCUUAUUUACCUAUGGUGUUUGCCUCGUUCUGGCUGCUUAUAUGCUGGGAGUGUUGCUGCUUGAGGAUCUGGUCGACUUGAGUCAAACUUUGAUAACAUUAUUUGUGGUUGUUUUAAUUAUUCUAGUACUGCUUCCAGUCAUAAUUCCUGUUCUGUUGGUUUUCUUUUCGGAACCAAGACCUCCAGCGAAGGAGAGCCUUCUCUCUGUGCCAGAGAAACAGGAAGCAGGUAACUCUGAGCUGGAUGGAAAUGAGGUUAUUCUCAGUGAGGUUGAAGACGAGAAGCCUCCAGAGUUAGACUCACUUCCAGCAUCGGAAAGGCAAAAACGAAUUGCUCAGUUGCAAGCUAAACUGUUCCAAGCAGCUGCAGAAGGAGCAGUGAGAAUCAAGCGGAGAAAAGGCCCACGUAGAGGCGAGGAUUUCACCUUAAUGCAGGCAUUAAAAAAAGCAGAUUUUUGGCUUAUCUUUUUAUCCCUCGUUCUGGCUUCUGGGUCUGGUUUGACAGUUAUUGAUAACAUGGGUCAGAUUUCUAAAUCACUGGGGUAUAGUGAUACAAGUAUAUAUGUAUCUCUGAUCAGCAUUUGGAACUUUCUUGGCCGUGUUGGUGGCGGCUACUUUUCUGAGAUUGUCGUAAGAAAUUUUGCAUACCCAAGACCAGUGGUGAUGGCUGUGGUUCAAGUUAUCAUGGCCAUUGGACUUUUCUACUAUACCAUGGGAUGGCCCGGGGAAAUUUAUGUUGUCACUGUGUUGAUAGGGCUCGGGUAUGGCGCCCACUGGGCGAUUGUGCCGGCUGCAGCUUCUGAGCUAUUUGGCCUGAAGAGUUUUGGAGCCUUGUACAACUUUCUUACACUCGCCAGUCCUGCAGGUUCUCUAAUAUUCUCAGGUGUCAUUGCUAGUGGUAUAUAUGACUAUUACGCAGCGAAGCAAUCUGGAGCCAUGCUUGCAGUUGCAGUAGCUCUUAAGGAUGACGACUCUGCUUCUUGUGAGGGUUCCAUAUGCUAUUCCAUUACAUUUGGUAUCUUGUCUGGACUUUGCAUUGUUGCAACAGCUUUGAGUUUGAUUGUUGUUUAUCGUACUAAGAGGGUUUAUGCUCAACUCUAUGGAAAUUCUCGUGCUCCUUGAGUUGCAAGAAGAGGUAACUGAAGAUUAUCUUCCAUUACCAAGAAUUCCUCCUCCUUGCCAUAUGGCUGAAAAUCAUGUUAAGGGGGAAUAGCAAUAUAGCAAACAAUGUUAGCAGUGCAUAAUAACACAUAAGCUGGGAGGCGAGCAACCAAGCAUGCUCAUACAGUCAUACUCCUAAAUUGCAUCAGUUUAUUAUGGAAACCAAGACCCAUGAAGGUUAUUUCGCGAGUCAUUGGUUGAAUUCUUUGCUUGUUUUGGGCGUGUAGUUCUCAACACUUGUUCUUGUAUCAGUGAAUAAAUUAUUAUUUUUUAUUAUCUACAGAAUGGUUUCUGGCUUU